UGUGACAUGGAUGGUAUCUGAUGAGAGAAUGGUGUAUUGUGUUUCCUGAAGGAUAAGGAAGAGAGAGAAGGGUCCAGAAUACAGAAAUAAUAAAGCAACCACACACAGUGACGGUGCGUUUUGAUAGGUUGGGCAAUACAACUUAAAAGUCCGAGUAGGAUUUUUCUUUCUCAAUUGGAAAAUUGUGUAAAUAUGAUAGUGCCUGAUGAAGAUACUGCUGAAAUGACUAAUCCGAAAAAGUUUGACGAGAAGGGGGUGGAUGACACCCUUGGUGACUCGGAAAUAGUAAGCCUAUCCUCCCAGGCGUCUGAUGGUGAUGAUGAGGAUCACUUCUUCAUCGACCACGAUCAGGUCAACAAAAACGAUGACCACGGAAGCAAUAGCGCGGUGGUUAUCGAACUUGAACCGUUACAUCAACCAUUAAAUGGAAGGCGCUGUCGAGCCGAGACUCAUGAAGAUGUCUGCAAUGAUAACGACAACGAACACGACCAAGGCAAAAAUGGUGGCGUAGAUCAUUCUGAAGAUCAGCCGAAGAAAAAUGGAACCAGAAUCUUCUUAGCUGUAAAAGUUACUCAUUUCCUCUUUGGUGGUGGUCAGGUGAGCUUGAUGCCCUUCCUUCCUGUCUAUAUGUCAUAUCUAGGCCUUUCUGUGAUAGAGAUUGGUAAAGUCACCACUCUAGGACCUUUCUUUGGCGUUGUGGCGUCCUUGCUAUGCGGGACAAUAUCGGAUAAGUUCAGUAAGCACAAAGCGAUGCUUCUCAUGUGCCUCUAUGGAACAGCUAUAGCUUACGGGAAUUCUGUUUUCAUGCCCUUUCUUUCACCCCAAAUCAGUACUGGCAUAAAUUCACAUCAUACCGAACUAAACGCGACCAACUCGACAUCUAACACAGGACAGUUAUUUGGUGUCUUCUAUCGCCAGCAUCUUGAUAUGACAACAGGGAUUCCUACUUGUAAAUUCCAGAACGCAACGUACUCGGAAUUCAAGGAGUUUGUGGCUGAAAAUGCUUGCAAGUCCUCAAAUAUCAAGAUUCUAAAUACAUCAACUGCUGCAGCGUUUCUGGAGGAUAUCCUUGAAUGUUCAUUCACUGGCCCUGCAACAGAUACAGAUUCUAAUCGCGAGAAUUGGGGAGAUGAGAACAUUGAUGGUGCUGCUCCAGACGAUAUAUGUAUGUUUCAUGAUGACUUAGCAAAGGCAUGUGAAUACCAAUAUCAUAUACAUGUAAUAGAGUGCAAUAAAUAUAUAUUAGUAAACUGCAACGAUUCAUUCGGCAAGGCACUAAUGGUGAUAAUAAACGGGACGACUCAAUUGCUAGAUCAAGGCAACUAUGAAAUAAUCUCCCAGAAGGGAAAUUAUGACAUUUUUGUGAUUAUGUUUCUGAUAUGCGUCAUUGGUAAAAUGUUUCAAGGAUCAGCUGAAACUCUUAUUGAUACAUUCACGAUUACACUCAUCGACGAAUAUAAAGAAACAGGACAAAAUUUUCAGUACGGGCGCCAACGAAUGUUUGCAAGUAUAGCAUAUGGCGCUCUUGCACCGUUCUCGGGUAUCGCUGUCUCCGCAUAUACUGCUACCCAUCCAAACGCAUUCAACUUGUAUCUCCCUGCAUUUGUUCUCUUUGUAACCCUAUUUGCUCUCUGUGCAGCAACUGUUUCUCUUAUCCCAAUCCGCGUUAAGCAACGAACUACGAAAUCUUUGGCCAGGGACGCGAAAGAUGUCCUUUUGAAACCAAAGGUGAUCGUUUUCUUAACCGUCAUGCUCUCAAUGGGAGUCAUGUUUGCGUUUAUCGAGACAUAUUUAUUUUUGUUUCUAGCAGAAAUAGGUGGAGAGGCAAUUGUUAUGGGUUUGUGCUUGACAGUUUCUUGCGCAUCAGAGGUUGUCUUUUUGACGUAUGCAUCAAAGAUCAGAGAAAGGAUUGGUCACCGAACUGUCCUUCGAAUUGCUCUCAUCGGCUUCACAUUAAGGUCUAUCGGCUACUCGCUCCUGCAGAAUCCUUGGACCGUCCUACCAAUUGAACUUCUUCAUGGGAUCACCUAUGGGUUAAUGUGGCCGGCUGCAGUCUUUUUCAUCCAUCAAAGCUCCCCUCCCGAACUGGCGGCCACCAUGCAGUCACUCACGUUCAGCACCUUGUUCGGUUUAGGAAAGGGAGUCGGAAUCAUUCUUGGCGGAGUCAUCUACGACAAAUUUGGAGCCAGGAAUCUAUUUAGGGGAUCCGCCAUUUUGUCUUUCGUGACACUCAUCUUGUAUUACGCCAUUGACAUCAUCCUUGACAAACGAGAAAGAUCCAUGACAAGCUGUGAACAUUAACCUGACUUUUUGAAGGGACGAAGAGUAAGGAGUCAAGAGGCAAUUUGUUUGUUGUAUUGGCAAAGAAUGUGAAAUAGAAUGGUUUGGUGUAUUGUUUUAAGGACUAUAUUAUGUUAGACCUUAGCAAUACAUGCCACAUCCUAUACUACGCAGCAAGAUUAGGGUUUACCUACGAUGCCUGUAGAACGCUACACCACUCGAAGAAGAAAGGUCGAGAGAUUUGAGAGUUGACUUAAUUGACUUCCAUACAUGUAAGUGUUUUUCCCCAAAGUGCUAUUUUUUUCAUUUGGCAGCCAUUUCAAAAGUGUAUAGUUUUUUUUUGGGACGCACUGUAUAUAUAUAUAUAUAUAUACAAUGUCAUACAAUGUGAUGACAAGUUUACUUGUACCAAACGCUCUUGAGGUGUGAGUAUGAAACAUAUUGUGAUACGGCCAACUCAAAAGAUGACGCAGGACACCAUUCGUCUUUAAUAAGACUUCGUCAGAAGCGUCUGAAAAAUAUAAGGAGAUACAACAUCCAAGUUUGUCUUGCACAUCAAUAUAUUAUCAUUAAGUUAAAUAUAUUCCAUAUAACAAAGUAUAUAUAUAUAUAUACAUAUAUAUAAUUUGUUGGUCAGAUAUGUGUCUCUUUCUCAGGAGUCAUAUAUAUGUAUGUAUAUAUAUAUAUAUAUUAUAUAUAUAUAAAGAACAAGAUAUAUACCCAACAAAAGAUUAUUGCAAAUCGAAGCGGGAGUUCUUUUGAGGUUUAGAACUGAAAACGGGACAUUCUGUUCACCUAUUUAAUCAUGAAAAGUAUGGGUUUUAGCUACAGAAAUUAUGCGAGCGCGAAGCGCGAGCUGAAAAUUUUCAUAUUCCAAUCUGAAAAGCAGACAUUUUGAGCACGAUUUUAAAUAAAGAACGAGUUGUGUAUUUCAAUCUCGCUUGCUGAUUUCUGUGUUACAUUACAAUCUUAUUUUAUUUUUGCACAUGAGGAAUUAUUGGGGGGGGGGCAAAACGAUAUGUUUGCCCCCCAAUAUUGCAUUGGUGGGGCGAUCGCCCCCCUGCCCCC